UGGAAUAAGUGAUGGGAGCGCACUCACUAUACUGGGGUGGCCCAUACUGUACGGAGAGCAGUUUGUACUGUUAACCCCAGACGUGGCUUUUGAUGAUACUAAUUGUUCCACUUCUCUGCAUUUUACACAAAGCCAUGGAAAAGAAUGCCACCUCCGGAGGCACGGAAGGCCAGCGUGACAUCUACCACCAGAAGCCGGAAAACAAGGAUGAAGAGGGAGCACAGCACUCUGAAGUCGAGCAGGAAAAGUGCAAGGAAAAGAUGGGGAAGAAAACGUUGGCAGAUGUAAUUCAAGAAAUGAAAACUUUUCUGUGGAAUUCAGAGAAGAGAGAAUGUAUGGGAAGAACAGUUCAGAGCUGGGGCUUGAUCUUACUCUUUUACCUCAUUUUGUACAUGUUUCUGGCUGGGAUGUUCUCCUUUUGUAUGUACGGGUUGCUGCUCACUCUGAGCCCCUACACGCCUACGUACAGGGACAGAGUCUCGCCGCCAGGAGUAAUGAUUAGACCAUACUUACAUGGAUUUACCAUUGCCUUCAAUGUCUCCGAGCCCAGCACAUGGACACCUUAUGUGAACAGCAUGCAUCACUUCCUACAAGCUUAUGAUGACAACGUUCAAGAGGAAAAGAACAUUGAGUGCCCAGCAGGCCAAUACUUUGUUCAAGACGGCGCGGAAAGCGAAGAGAAGAAAGCCUGUCAGUUCAAGCGAUCACAGCUGCAGAACUGUUCUGGGAUUGAGGAUCCCACGUUUGGCUACUCUACAGGCCAGCCAUGCAUCUUGCUGAAGAUGAACCGGAUCAUAGGCUAUCGACCUGGCUAUGGGACGCCUGUGAGCGUGAACUGUGCCAUUCAGAAAGGCAAUGAAAGCGCUCUUAAAUCAGUGGACUUCUACCCAGGCAAUGGAACAUUUGAUCUCAUGUACUAUCCCUACUAUGGCAAGCUCACUCACGUCAACUACACCUCCCCGCUGGUGGCUCUGCACUUCACAGAUGUGAAGAAGAAUGAUUUUGUCCCCAUUCAGUGCAGACUGAAUGGGGAAGGAAUUGUGAAUGAUGUGACUAAUGAUCGUUUCCUGGGCCGAAUCACCUUUACACUCAGCAUCGGAAUGUAGUCCAUGCAAACGUUCACCAAGCACAUUUUUUAACUCUUUAUGGCAAGCAGGUGCUUUUUCCACUCCACCUUUUAAACAUAAUGGCAGAAUAUAGCACCUCUUUUGUUAGGGAAACAAAUUGUUUCCAAUAUAAGUUAGACACGUCUUUAUUGGAUUUUUUUAUAUAGAGAGAGACAACCGCACGUAAUAUAGACUGAGGAGCUACAUUUUUUAAAUGUAAAUGCUUAACAAAGCUUAUUGGCAGUAUAGAUCCAGUCUUGUAACUACAGGUAGAGGGCCCAGGUAAAACAUUUCAAUAUUGAUUUUAAAUACUUACAGGACAUUUUAAUACUAUUUUCAUAGAGUCACUUCAAAAAGGAACAUUCCUGACCUUAUAUUUUACUUUUUAUCAUAGUUUUAAGUACAUUUCCCAGGUAGAAACUACAUGAAUCAGUAGUGGAGGGCACUCCCACAAUCUUUUGGGUUACAUGUGUAAAACUAAUAAAAAUCAAGUAAAAUGGCCCAUCUCAAAAUCCCUUGAGCCCA